AAAACCUUUAAAAUACCCCAAUCAGGAGCCCAAUAUGAACCAGUUGCACUUUUACAUCAGCUAUCGACUGAAAACAAGUUGUCACCGUUGAAAGAUAUCAAUUGUCUCUAUUAUACAUUAGCAUCAUGAAGGUAUUCGCUCUUCUUCUGCUAGUCAGUGUCUCCGUAGCGUACUCUGCACCCCAAAAUAUCGAAUUUGCCAUUCUUGAUGUAAUUAACUCGGCUAUACCGAAUGUGGUUGUCAACGUUCCAACUGUCAACGUCCCAUUUGUGCCAUCCCAAGGAGGAGCUUUCGCCUUCGCCUCCGCCCAAGGUCCGGUCAGUCAGGUCUUCACGGUGAUUCGUGAUGACGAUGAUGAUGAUGAUGACGAGACGACAAACGAAAAUAAUUACUGGCGCUUCUCACCUGGAUUUGAUUUUAAAUAUGUAAAUAAAAUUUGUUCUUUUGGGUGAAACUGACACCUACCAUUCGACCACUGUUAAAAUACAACGACGCUAAAUCAUU